CGGCGUUACACGCCAUGUGUUCUCUCUCUCUCUCUCUCUAACUCACCAGAAUCUGCUUCGCCCCUGCCGUAAGCAACCCAGAACUUUCGAGUAGAGAGCACUGCGUCUGUGUGGAGAUCUACUCCUUCGAAGAAGAUUAUGAUACGUUUGAUUCAUUCAAGCCACUCGCUCUCCAGGUUCUAUAUGAUGGCUGUAGCCAGAAAUUGGAGAUUUCUCUCAACAGAUUCUACUAAGGUCGAUGAACCUUUCAAAAUUGAGGAAGGAGAGACAGUAAAUUCUCCCCCACCUCCAUCAGAGAAGUUAUUUGUGUUGGGUGGUAAUGGAUUUGUUGGUUCACAUGUUUGCAAAGAAGCAUUAGAUCGUGGUUUAUCUGUUGCAAGCCUUAGCAGGUCUGGUAGGUCAUCUAUAAAUGAAUCAUGGGCCAACAAUGUGAUUUGGCAUCAAGGAAACUUGCUUUCAGAUGAUUCAUGGAAGGAAGCAUUGAGUGGAGUGACUUCUGUUAUCUCUUGUGUUGGUGGUUUUGGCUCCAACUCAUAUAUGUAUAAGAUCAAUGGAACUGCAAACAUUAAUGCAAUUAGAGCUGCUGCAAAAAAAGGUGUAAAAAGAUUUGUCUAUAUCUCUGCUGCUGACUUUGGCGUGGUAAAUUACUUGCUAAAAGGGUAUUACGAGGGAAAGCGAGCUGCUGAAACCGAGCUGCUAACCAAAUUUCCAUAUGGAGGUGUAAUUCUAAGGCCUGGAUUUAUACAUGGAACACGCCGAGUUGGGAGCAUGAAGAUACCCCUGGGUGUAAUCGGUUCUCCAUUGGAGAUGGUUCUUCAAUAUGCAAAACCACUGAAUCAGGUUCCGCUUGUUGGUCCUCUGCUUACACCACCUGUUAAUGUUACUUCUGUGGCUAAGGUUGCCGUCAGAGCAGCAACUGACCCUGUUUUCCCUCCUGGUAUCAUCGAUGUCUAUGGAAUACUGCGUUACAGCCAACAGAAGUCAACAUAGAUUUUGUUGAUUUUUUUUUUUUUUUUUUUUUUAAAUGACAGUUAUGUAAUACCAAAACUGUGUUUACUAUAUUUUACCGGGUGGGAAAAAUUUUAGUACGAGUUAAUAGAUUAAAUGCAAUAAAAUGUAGAAUGAUGCAGUUGAUAAGGGUUGAUUUUGCGGAUGCUACUGUCAUGUCAUCAGUUGUGAAUAAAGUGAAGAUUAUUACCUUUUUAUUUUA